UAUACACACGCGUAUUUGGAAAACCCUAAUAUGUUCCAUCAGCCGUCAUUUCUCCCAGAUCUCUUCUGUUUCCCUCCUUACUCUCUUCAAUCUCCGGUAGCCUCGGUUACCACCAACCUCCUGACGUUGUCGUUACCUACCUUCACUGGCAUCUGCCGCCCGCUUCUACCUUAUGUCGAGACGAGAAACCCUAACUCUAUCUCGCUGCCACCAUCAACGCCACCAUCGCACACCGGAAACCAUAUCCCUAAAGUGGCUCCACUAUCGCCACCAGACAUCUCACAGUAUAAACCGGAUCGAGCAAACCUUCCGAAGAAUUUUAACGAUCUACCAUUGAUGUUGCCAUUUGAUGCUUAUCUUGGUCUUUCUAAACGUAACCCCUUUCAUAUCGUUGAUUUUUCUGAAAUUUUGCAGAUCAUUUGCUUCCAGCCCCAAAAGUCGUCUCUCUCAAAGACCAGGAAUUUAAAAUUUGAAAACAAGAAGCAAAAUCUCUCUGAAAAUCCUAUCAAGAAAUCCAUCAGCAAUGAAGUUUCUCCUUCUUCUCGGCCACCUAUACAUGCUCUGCUCUGUUUUUAG